CCUCACCUCUGUCCACAGAACCAGUUCACCAGGCCAAUCAGAGCUCCAGCCUGUGAUAGAGCCCAGCUUGGGGGGAUGAAGCCUGAUUGUUUGGAUGUUUAGAGCUUCAGCUGCUUGUGGGAGACGCAACUACACAGGAGGCUUGAGCAAAGUUUUAACGUGUGUGUUGAGAGGAUGAAGCCAGGUGAGAGGAAGGUGGCCUUGCUGGCCAUCACAGAACACAUUGAAAUGAUGCUGCUUUCCAGAGAGGAUCCCUGUUUGGUGAUGUUAAUGCAGGAGGAGGUGCAGGAACACAGCUUUUACCAGCACCAGCAGCAUCCUUUGGUACCGGACUGUGAAGAGGAAGCAGAGCGGGGGGUCCGGAUCCAACCCAGAAGCAAGCUGCAAACGGAGCUUCCUGAUGCUCAGGCGGGUGGAAACUACAGCCACGCGCUGCAGCUGGCACAGGGAAUAGAGAUCGAAAUGGAGAUCUUUCCUCCGUUCAAAGUGACUGAAAGCGAGUUAGUGGAGCUGAAGUCAGACGACCCUUCCGUCAUGAUCCCGCCGUCUCCAAACAAAACGAGCCGUCUCCGAUGGAAGAGACUGUGUCCACAGAGGACGGGCCUGGUGGUCACAGACGUGAUCUGCUUACCCAGAGGGCACCAUGUGGCUCACCUGGACAGACAUGUGGUACCGCAAGGGAAGGAGCGAGAGGCCUUAUCGGCCGGAGGCCUGGCCGCUCGCAUCACCAUCGACUGUGGCUGGUCGGCCGAUCAGAUGUGGAGCCGGUUGGUGAUGCUCUUUCAGAGACGUUUUGUGAAACAGGCGGGACAAAAGUUCACCUUUACGUAUCUGCAGUGUGUGCAGGGCUCCCGGGUGCUGUUUGUUCCACCUGUGCCGGGACAGGGCUGGACUGGAGAACAGGUUCUGAGGAUCUGUGGACAUGGGCCUCUUUACAUCCUCAGCCACCUGGAUUAUCCUCCGGCACAAAAGUUGGAAAAAGAGACACCAGCAGUUAACGGACAGGAGAGCUGCAAAGAUGGAGCGAGUCAAAAAAAGAAAAGUCAGGAGGACUUCACCACGGAGAAGCUCCCCAACGACCUGGAGACGGUCCUGAGACUGUUCAGGCAGCAGAACGUGGCUCAAAGCGCAGAAACGCAGAUCCUGGUGAGGAGGAGGAACUUCCUCCAUGGGGCUCUGAAGGCGGUGAAAAGGCCGGACUUCUGCUUCAGGAACACACCCGUCGUUGCCUUUCGGGGCGAGGGCGGCGGCGAGGCGUCCGUCAGAGACUUCUUCAGGUCGACUCUGCUGGAGCUGCACCACAGUUGUGUCUUCGAGGGUCGUCCAGGUCGCCUGUUUCUGACUCGUGACCUUGCGGCUCUGGAGAACAGGCGCUACUACGAGGCUGGUGUUCUGAUUGGAUGGUCUCUGACUCACGGUGGCCCUGGCCCUCGGUGUCUGCACCCCGCUCUCUUCCAGUUGAUGUGUGGUCACAAGCCGUGUUUGGAAGAUUUCUCCUGCACAGACAUUGCCGACGGUGAAGUAUCGGUACGACUGCAGCAGUUGCUCAGUUGCACUGACGUGAAGCUGCUGUCUCCCAGUCUGUGCAACUGGGUGUCGAGCUGUGGGCUCCCUGACUUUUCUGCAGCUCAGUCGGAUGAAAUGCCUGCUGUCUACGAGCAUCUGGUUCAACACCACAUCUACCACAGGGUGGCCAGUAUGAUCUCCCAGUUCAAAGACGGCCUGAACAGCUGUGGUGGUUUGUGGGGCACCAUAGAGUCUAACUGGGAGCUGUUUGUGCCAGUGAUGACGAGUGAACAGCAGCAGCCCGUGACCCUGGAGGAGUUCACACAGCUCUUCACUGUCUGCUACAGCCAGUCAGACUGUCAGAUGAGGGCAGCGGAGGCGGUCACAGUUGCACACUGGGAAACGGUCCUGACCUUGAUCAGUGGUGGGCAGGCGGAUCUCUGCUUCGAGGACCUCAUUGCCUUCAUCACAGGAGCUGAUCGUCCACCUCCUCUUGGGUUCCCCACAUUAAUCUCACUGCGUUUUUACUCCCAGGAUGCCGGCGUGUCCAGUGAGCGUCUGCCUCACGCCUCGGGUGCUCUGGAGCUUUUCCUGCCGAGAGGAGCAGCAGGAGCUGAUCAUCUCCUCACGCUGCUGAGAAGAGCUGUGCGUGAAGCUCUGGGCUCCGCUCAUCGCCAGACAAAGGAACAGGGAAAGGAAGGUUCUGGUUCAUGAGUAGAAACCUCCUGGACGACAUGUUUGUAUAGAAGCCAAUCAUUGAAUGUAGAAACAAAGCUGGAUGCCUCAAGGUUUUUAAAAAAUAUAGCAUUUUAAUUUUACAAUAAUUUACAGUAAUUUAAUUUUUUUUUUUACAUGUUGAAAGUUUUAAUGAUUUCACAGUUAAUUUUUAAAGGUUUUAUUUUAUAUAUCUCCGGAACGUUUAUUUAUUUCUAUAUAUUUAAACCGAAUGUUGAAUAAAGUUCAUUUUAAGAAUUGAUUAAAAAAUACAAGGACUGUUUACAACAGAAAAAUGUGCUUCUUUCAGAGCGAUCUAAAGUGAACGUGUCCUCCUAUAACAGAACAUCUAAUUAAAGAACUCUUGAAUGUUAAUCUGCAUAAACUCAACAGGAGAUUUAACUUGCAGAAAGGUCUUGUUUAUUUUAAGAUCCCAUCAUUACGUUUGCGUUCACUUGUACAGUACUUGUGUCUCUGUCUGUUACUGUACGGUAGCGCUUUGCA